AACGGGGCUGUCUGCUGUACGCAUCGAGUAAGGCUGACUGGGACAGCCGUGCCUCGCCUAGCGUACGGCCGGUUCUUCUUCUAUUUAUGCCUGUCUUUGUCCGGAAAAAAUACCUUCCACGUAUUUAAUAAUUUUUAUACUUAUUUUUUAUUUUGUAAUCAGAGAGCUACUCGGCGAUUUUAAUCUUUUUCGUCUAAAGGAUUACAGUUAUGAUUUCCUUAUCUAGAGGAAACCUACUAGACGUGCUGCAGGAAGGAUUUAACGAGCAACAACUGCAGGCAUAUGUGACCUGGGUAAACUCACAACUGAGGAAGAAACCAGAGGUGAAAAUGGUUCAGGAUCUGAGACAAGACCUGCGUGAUGGGGUGAUCCUAGCACACCUAGUUGAGAUUGUAGCUGGUGAACAUCUGAGUGACAUCCACUACCAUCCCACUAAACAGCAAGAGAUGAAAGAGAAUGUUGAGAAGAUCUUACAGUUUGUGGCAUCCAAGCACAUUCGUAUGCACCAGACCUCUGCAAGAGACAUUGUUGAAGGAAAUCUGAAAUCCAUAAUGAGACUUAUACUGGCAUUAGCUGCUCACUUCAAGCCUUCAGCUACUGGAAGAUCAGCCAAUUUCAGAAGUGCAGUUUCUAUAGGACUUAAUCGCCCUAUCAUUUUGGGAGGUCACAGACCAAAUUCCACUACAGCAAUGGUACAGAAUGCAGUGGCUACUUUGGCAGCAGCCCGACAAGAUGCAUCACGAUCUGGUCGUGAUAUCUUUCGAUACCGGCAAGAGAGACAGAGAAACUCCAGUGUGGAUGAAGAAAUUGAAAAUCCAGGAUGGAGCGUAAGAGCAUUGGUUCAGCAAUACGAAGGACAGAAGGAAACAAUGAACGAUGAGAGCAACUCAGAAGCUUCUAGUCUCAGCUCUCCCAGUCCAGUGCAUACUGUAAACACAGAGACUACCUGCAGCCAGUCAGAAGACAAAGCAAAGCUUCCUGGGCUACAGUCAGAAGAUGCAGAAAUUAAGACAGUAUUUCCUCUCCCUAUAGAAGAGUCUACAAAAAAUUUAGCAUGUGUGGAAUGGCAAACAGGCCUUAAUAGUGUAUCUUUGGACACUUCCUGGGAAGAGCAGCUCUUAGAGCAGCAGGACCAAUUGGAGAAGGAAAUGGAAGAAGCCAGAAAAAUGAUCUCUGGCUUGCAGGCCUUGCUUCUUAAUGGGUCUCUGCCAGAGGACGAUCAAGAGGCGUCAUUUGCCCUUGGUGACAGUGGAACAUGCCCGGAUGAGCAGCUGGUUAUUGUCAGAAGUCGGUUGGAUCAAAGCAUGGAGGAGUCUCAGGAACUUAAGAAAGAACUACAAAAAUACAAACAGGAGACCAGAAAUCUUCAGGGAGUAAAGGAUGCCCUUCAACAGCGAUUGGCUGUUCAGGAGGCUGCUGUUUUGCAGCUUAAACAGGAAUUGCUCAGAGCAAACAUGGCGCAUGAUGAACUGCAUAGUCAGAAUGUGGAUCUUCUGAGGAAAGUUGAAGAGAGAAACAGACUCCUAGGAGAAUACAAGAAAGAACUAGGUCAGAAGGAUCGCCUGCUACAACAACAGCAGACCAGGUUGGAUGAGACAGCACGAAGGCUGACCGAUAUCACUCGCUUAAAGGCUGACCUCCAGAGAGAGCUAGAUCACAAAAGCAGUCUUAUUGAAGAUUUAAUGAACAGAGAGCUUAAUGAGUCUGCUGCUUCCAGCUGCUCUCAGAACAAUGGUUAUACCCACCCUGUAAUAAAAGGAAACAUUACAUCUUCACACAGAGGGCCUGAUGAUUUACAGCUGGUGCGUGAUGCUCUUCGUAGUCUGAGAAACAGUUUUAGUGGGCAUGAUCCACAACAUCACACCAUUGAUACUCUGGAACAGAGUAUCUCCAGUCUUAUGGAGCGACUACAUUUGGUGGAAACACAAAAGAAGCAUGACAAGAGGCCUCGAGGAAAGUCUCCCAGACGUAGAGCUUUGCCCACAGAAAGGGAUUCUUGGCCCCCAAGUACAAAGCUGCCUCACUCACAUAGUAACCCCACACUAAGUACUGCUGCUUCCACCAAAGUGCUUUACUUCACAGACCGGUCUCUGACUCCCUUCAUGGUCACCAUUCCAAAAAGGCUUGGGGAGGUAACACUGAAAGAUUUCAAGGCAGCAAUUGACCGAGAAGGUAACUUCAGGUACCAUUUUAAGGCACUUGAUCCCGAGUUUGGUACAGUCAAAGAGGAGGUUUUUCAUGAUGAAGAUAUCAUCCCAGGUUGGGAAGGAAAGAUUGUGGCAUGGAUAGAGGAUGAUCAUGGGGAUAGUCGAUAGUGAUGGAAACAGGACAUUCAGCUGAAGCCAGCCAAAGAAAAUCUAGGGAACUGAAUAUAAGAUGGAACACUGGCCUAAUAACUAACUAAUGGAAGUUUUGGUUUAGAUGUAGCAUUUCAAACAAUGGCUACAAAGUAGACAUCUGUUAUUUUUUGCGCCAGUUGUUAUUUGUAAAUUACUGCUGCCCUGAAACUUACAACACUUUAAAUGGAGCUUUGUUUAUCCCAUGACAAAUCUAAAGUGGUAAUUUCCUUUAUAUUUUUCCAUCAUUACCAGUAUUAAUCAAAGCCAGAUAUGUCUUUAAAAAGACAGACACAGUAUCAGCUAACAAAAACGUUUAAGUAAUUCUGUGCCAAAACCUUUCCAUAAGUAUAUGUGCCAGCACUUUUAUUUUGUUGUCUUAAAUUUUUAAAUUACAAACAAAUACAUUUGGUAAUUUUUAUAGUAAUGGUUCUCAGAUAAUAUGAAAUUGUGUGAGGAAUGGUUUAUUUUUAUUUUGCCUUCAGUGAAGGUUCACACUGCCAAAAAGGUUUCAAGUGGUUGCCAAUAAAGCCCUAAAGGCUUUCUUUCUGACUGUAUAUUAAAAAUGUUGAUUAAUAAAACUGAUAGAUUAUGCUCUGUAAAUAUCAAAAAUGACUGUUUACGAAUGUCACAUUUUCUGUAUAUAUGUAUGUGAACUCUAAAAGAAUGUAACAGUAAAUACUUUUAUUAAUUCUGUUAUAUAA